AUGAGUUUUGGGGGUUUUCUUGACAACAGUACCGGCAGUGGUGGCGGUGCAAGAAUUGUGGCUGAUAUCUCUUUCAACAACACUUCAAGCAGCACCCACAGCAACAAUAUGCCCUCCAGUGCACUUGCUCAGCCACGUCUUGUAACUCAGUCUCUCACUAAGUCCAUGUUCAACUCUCCAGGACUCUCACUCGCCCUUCAGACAAAUGCGGAUGGGCAAGGCGAUGUGACGAGAAUGGCUGAGAAUUUUGAGACCCACGUUGGGAGGAGGAGCCGAGAGGAAGAGCACGAGAGCAGAUCUGGGAGUGAUAAUAUGGAUGGUGGUUCUGGGGACGAUCAAGAUGCUGCUGAUAAUACCAAUCCUCGUAAGAAAAAACGAUACCACCGACACACCCCGCAGCAAAUCCAAGAACUUGAAGCGCUGUUCAAGGAGUGUCCUCAUCCUGAUGAGAAGCAAAGAUUGGAGCUCAGCAGAAGGCUUUGCUUGGAGACCAGACAAGUCAAAUUCUGGUUCCAAAAUCGCCGAACCCAGAUGAAGACUCAACUGGAACGCCAUGAGAACUCACUGCUGAGGCAAGAGAAUGACAAACUUCGAGCGGAGAACAUGUCGAUUCGGGACGCAAUGAGGAACCCAAUUUGCUCAAACUGUGGUGGUCCUGCAAUUAUAGGAGAGAUAUCACUCGAAGAGCAACACCUCAGGAUCGAAAAUGCCCGAUUGAAGGACGAGUUGGAUCGAGUUUGUGCACUCGCUGGGAAGUUUCUAGGCCGCCCCAUUUCGUCACUGGCCACAUCAAUGGGGCCUCCACUACCGAGCUCAACCUUGGAGCUCGGAGUUGGGAGCAAUGGCUUUGGUGGGUUGAGCUCUGUGGCUACAUCAAUGCCAGUGGGGCCUGAUUUUGGAGGUGGGAUUGGGAGCGCCAUGUCAGUUGUGCCUCACUCUAGGCCUAGUGUGACCGGCCUGGACCGGUCGAUGGAGAGAUCGAUGUUUCUAGAGCUUGCCUUGGCUGCUAUGGAUGAAUUGGUGAAGCUGGCUCAGACAGAUGAGCCACUUUGGCUGAGGAGCUUGGAGGGUGGAAGAGAGGUUUUGAACCAUGAAGAAUACAUGAGAAGUUUCACUCCUUGCAUUGGGUUGAAGCCAAAUGGUUUUGUUACCGAGGCUUCUAGGGAGACUGGCAUGGUCAUUAUCAACAGCUUGGCCCUUGUUGAGACUUUGAUGGAAUCGAAUCGGUGGUUGGAGAUGUUUCCUUGUUUGGUUGCUAGAACCUCGACCACUGAUGUCAUUUCUAGUGGAAUGGGGGGAACUAGAAAUGGUGCACUUCAACUGAUGCAUGCUGAGCUACAAGUACUAUCCCCUUUGGUUCCUGUUCGUGAGGUAAAUUUCCUCCGCUUCUGCAAGCAGCACGCAGAGGGCGUGUGGGCUGUGGUUGAUGUGUCGGUCGACACCAUCCGUGACACCUCCGGUGCACCUACAUUUAUGAACUGCAGGAGGCUCCCUUCUGGUUGUGUUGUGCAAGAUAUGCCUAAUGGGUACUCUAAGGUUACAUGGGUUGAGCAUGCAGAGUACGAUGAGAGCCAAGUCCACCAGCUCUACCGACCCAUGUUGAGCUCCGGCAUGGGCUUCGGCGCCCAACGGUGGGUCGCUACCCUCCAACGCCAAUGCGAGUGCCUCGCCAUUCUCAUGUCCUCCUCCGUCCCCACCCGCGACCACACUGCGAUCACGGCGAGCGGGCGGAGGAGCAUGCUGAAGCUGGCGCAGCGGAUGACGGACAACUUCUGUGCAGGCGUGUGCGCGUCCACAGUGCACAAAUGGAAUAAGCUGAACGCGAGGAACGUGGAUGAGGACGUCCGGGUCAUGACCCGGGAGAGCCUCGACGACCCGGGCGAGCCGCCUGGGAUCGUUCUCAGCGCUGCCACUUCAGUCUGGCUGCCCGUCUCCCCACAGAGGCUCUUUGAUUUCCUGCGUGACGAACGACUCAGGAGCGAGUGGGACAUACUCUCCAACGGUGGGCCCAUGCAGGAGAUGGCCCACAUCGCCAAGGGCCAGGAUCCAGGCAACUGCGUCUCCCUCCUUCGCGCCAGAGCAAUGAACGCAAACCAAAGCAGCAUGCUGAUCUUGCAAGAGACGUGCAUAGACGCUGCAGGAGGCCUUGUGGUGUACGCGCCUGUUGACAUUCCGGCCAUGCACGUUGUCAUGAACGGCGGGGAUUCCGCCUACGUGGCGCUCCUCCCGUCCGGGUUUGCGAUCGUCCCAGAUGGGCCGGGCUCGCGUGGGCCUAUGACCGUCAAAGGUGGCGGUCACGGAAGCAGCAAUGGGGGAGGAGGCGAGGACGCCACGCAUAGAGUGAGUGGGUCCCUACUGACAAUGACGUUUCAGAUCCUGGUGAACAGCCUGCCCUCAGCCAAGCUGACGGUGGAGUCGGUGGAGACCGUCAACAACCUCAUCUCGUGCACUGUCCAGAAGAUCAAGGCCGCCCUACAUUGUGAAAGCUGA